CAAACUUAACGCUGGUAUUUGCUAGGAAUUGGUGAUACCUAUUUCUUCCCCCCAUGGUUUCUUCCCUUUUGAAAAAUCUCCUCGAGUCCUACAUCUUAAAACUUUACAAAGGAAUGUUUGCUAAGAAACAAGCAAACACAACGAGAAAGAAAGAGAGCAACCUAGACAAAAAGGCACCAAAGCAUACACAGCAGGCCAAUCCAGUUCGGAAUCAGAAAUUUUCAACAAAUCUAAAAAGCACAGUCAAGAGAAUAGCAAAAUGCCAAUCUGCCCGCAAUCUAUCUGUUGAGGAAGAGGAAGGGAAGACCGAGUACUCGCUUUCUCCCACGUUGAGUUACAGGGUGGCGAUAGCUAAUGGACUGCAGAAGAGUGUGAUUUCAUCCAAUAAUGACGGCUUAUGCCCAGAGGUAUGGUCUGUUGAUAGCGGCACCUCUGAAUCAUUGAACGAAGUAAGCAUUUUGCAUAAAGGGAAGGAGCGUCGAUCCCGGACGAUGCCAGUGAGGAGGAACAGGAAGAGCGUCAGUAGCCUGGCUCCGUCUGAUGGUAGCUCAGAUGGGGAACGUACUUUGCUGAGACUGGGUGCACUGCGCAAACUUCGAAAGUGGAAAAAAAGUCAAGAAUGCAUCUCCUCGGAGACGGAAAUGAGCAGCUGGAAGAAAACCCUUGGUUUUAGGAGCAAGUCUCUGGACAGAACAGGUCGAGUGCAACAAAAGAGCACAAUGGAGCCUUCGUUCAGUUCCACUGGCUGCAUCAGUCAAACCCAUGAUGUCAUGGAAAUGAUCUUUAAAGAACUCCAAGGAAUAAGUCAAAUAGAAACUGAGCUGUCUGAACUACGAGGGCAUGUUAAUUCUCUUAAACAGUCGAUCGAUGAAAUCUCCAGCAGUGUGGAAGUGGUUCAAAGUGAGAUUGAGCAACUGCGCUCGGGAUUUGUUCAGUCCAGAAGGGAAACCCGAGAUAUACAUGACUACAUUAGACAAAUUAGCUAUCAAGGAAGCAAAGUGAGCCUACGAUUCAUGAACGUUCCUGAGGAAUUCCAUGAGAAUACGGAAAACGUAAUUUAUGGAAUCGUAGAAGAAAAGUUAGGGCUUACAGAUGCUCGAAAAACUGUUAGACUGGAACUUGUUCACAGAUUAGGGCAACUGAGAGACUGUGCCAAUGCUAAGCCCCGUCCUAUUCUUGUAUAUUUUGACAGUCCGCAGAAUAGAGAUUUAAUUCUCAAAAAGUGUUAUAAACUGAAAGGUUCUGGCAUUGGAAUCUCUACAGAAAUCUUUAACGACCUCCACAAUAGAAAAGAGUAUUCACUUCCCCCCAAAUCUCAGACAUACGAAAGUAUGAAUAUGAAAUCUACAACUGCCGAAGAGGAGUUCAGAAGGAAUCAGUGGGGAUCACCAGAUUCUAGCGAUAAGGAGGUAGAGGAAGACUUUAAUAGCCACAGUUUUGAAAUUAGUUCCAAAACGUUUUUUGAAAAACUGUCCAUCUCCACAAAGAAAGGUGCAGAAUCUCACAAUCUUGUGAACAUUGACCGGACUGUGGUAUGUAGUUCAUACUCUAACUCAACACAACUGUGUCCGGAUGACAACUUUCACUCCUCAGCUUUUGAACAGUCUCAGAAACAGAUAGAACCUUAUUACACUGAAGCUACACCCUCCUGGACCCUACAAGGGGAUUACUCAACGCCGAAACUCAGCCGUUCAGAGUCUGAUUUUUCCAAACUCUGCCAGUCAAUAUCGUACUCUGAAGAAUUUUCAGACAAUCAAUACUUCGCGAGGGCUGAUGGCUCCUCGGUCAUGUCAACGUCAGAGAAAGAUAUUUGGUCAAGAGGAAAGGAAGAGACGGCGUCUGGGUGGGUUAGCGAUGCAGAUAAUCAGCAGUACGAUUAUGAGGAUCAACAUUACGUGGAACAAAACGAGGUGGAGAACACUGAAACUGGCGAUAGUGGGGUGAGUAAUGGGAUACUCUGUGUGUCAGGGGACCAAAGUCACUACAGCGACUCCCAGUUGUCUUUGCAAGGUGAUCUCUCACCGUGGAAAGAAUGGCAGCCAUUACAACAAGGUUUGGACUCCGGUUUGGAUACUUCGCAACAUGUCUUUGUUUCUGAAGGAAAUAGCCCAAGUGACCAAAACCUCUCGAACUACACAACCGAUUUCGAUGAAUGUUAUCAGGCUGUAGGUCUGGACUAUGAAGAGGAAAAAUACGAGACGACACUCGAUGGUGAUCCUUCAGCAUGUCAGGACUUUGAUGGCAAAUCCCAAGCUCAGUGGGACAGCACGUAUGACUCCUACCACGAGUCGUAUUCCAACGAUCACUAUCAAAACAGAUCUUCUCUAAGAUGUCGGAGUCAGAGUGAGCUGCAAGGUGAGAGUGAACCAAUGGUGACGCCUCCCAAAACCUGGCACAGUCGGCUGAGUAUUGAUCUGUCAGACACCGGUUUCAGCUUUGAAAAAUUUGGAUCGACCCUUCAGCGAGCUAAAUCUGCCUUAGAGGUUGUCUGGAACAAAAUGGACUCCAGAAGCACCCAAAGUCUGAGUGGAUACGAAGAAGGAGAAUCAUCAACAGGUCGCUUCAGGACAUUGUCUCAAUCCACAGCAGACGCAUCCUGUACCACUCUUGAUUCCGAUGCGUAUUACGAGCCUUACUAUUACAGAGCUGAAGAAGACGAGAGCAGUGAACACGCCGGGGAGAAUGAAACCGACUAUGUCGAGGUAAUGGAGCAAGUGCUUGCGAAACUGGAAAAUAAAACGUUUCCUAAAGAAAGUGAAGAACUGUCACCAUCAUAUGAGCCUUCAGACGAAUUGAGUGUUCCAAUGUUAGAUGAGGGUUGUUACGAGAUGCCUUAUGAUAACAGCAUCAUUGAAGACUUCGAGCACGAAGAAGUGUUGGGGCCCAAAGACGUGUUGGGGUUGGAAGACAUGAUAGAAUCCGAAGAUAUGAUAGAGCCUGAAUACAUGAUAGAGGCUGAAUACAUAAUAGAGCCUGCAUACAUGAUGGAUCCUGAAGACAUGAUAGAGCCUGAAGACAUGAUGGAACCCGAAGAUAUUAUCGAGCCUGAAGAUAUCAUUGAGCCUACAUCUGAAGUUGUAGGUGAAGAGGAACAACCCGAUGAAAAUCAAGCUGUAGAGGAACGUUCUGAAGCUCCAAAGAAAGUUAAAAUGCGGCCUACAUUCAAACAAGCUGCUUUCAGAGCAUAUAAACAACAAGUGGAAGAGAGGAUACUAACUGGAGCUUACAGUAAACGGCUGAUAGCUCAUCACUCAAAGGCAAAAGGACUCAAAGUAAAGAGUUAUCCAGAGUGGGACGCAGUUGACAGUUUGAUUGGCUUAACACAGCGCAUUAGUGAUGGGAAUCAGUUAAUCUGGCCAAGAAUAAGAAAUUCCUCUGGCGAGCAGAUCUCAGAAUUAUUCAGAAGUUUACCUUCGUGGGGAACCAGCGAAACUAUGCUUGGGCUCCUAAAUCUUGUCCGAUACAAUUCACAAGAUCCCGAGAUAGUUCGGAUGAAGAAGGUCCUUCUGGCUCAUCUCGGAAGUGAAAAUGUAUUGGAUGCUGCUAUUCUUUCCGGCUUCAAGCCUACAGGAGGUAGAAGUGUGAAUCAGCAGUAUUCUCUUGAAAAACAACGGGAUUCAAAUAAGAAUAAUAAAGUUCUUCUGGUGAACACCUCCAAUGGCUUAGUGAUUGAAGUUGCCGCCUAUAAGUCAAUGAGCCAUAUAGACCAGAAGUCUAAAGAAAGAAGAAAGUCGUCUAGGUUUCCAGCUCCCACUCCUGAUGACUCUGCAGUGAUCCUUUUGGAAAGUCCACAUGUGGACAACAGGCCUGGAAGCAUACUCUAUGGCAUUGACAGCAUGCCCGACCUUCGUCGAAAAAAGACAAUGCCUAUUGUUCGGGAUGUGACUCUUGCUGCCCGAAAGGCAGGCAUAUCUUUUGCCAUGGCCACCAGAACCUCACUAAACAAUGAAGAAUUGAAAGCACACGUUUAUAAGAAGACAUUACAGGCCUUAAUCUAUCCGAUCUCAUCGACCACUCCACACAACUUUGAGGUUUGGACAGCCACGACGCCUACAUACUGCUAUGAAUGUGAGGGACUGCUCUGGGGAAUAGCCAGACAGGGCAUGCGAUGCUCAGAGUGUGGUGUGAAGUGCCAUGAGAAGUGUCAGGAUCUUCUAAAUGCUGAUUGUUUACAACGAGCAGCUGAGAAAAGUUCCAAACACGGCGCAGAGGACAAGACGCAAAGUAUCAUCACAGCCAUGAAGGAGAGAAUGAGGAUCCGGGAGCAAAACAACCCGGAGAUUUUUGAGCUGAUUCAAGAGCAAUUUCAAGUGUCGAAAGAAAACUAUGCACAAAAUUUAAAAGCAGCAAAGCAGAAUGUCCUGGAUGGGACUUCCAAGUGGUCAGCCAAGUUAACCAUAACAGUGCUUUGUGCUCAGGGUUUACAAGCCAAAGACAAGACAGGCUCAAGUGACCCGUAUGUCACAGUUCAAGUGGGUAAAACCAAAAGGAGGACCAAAACCAUUUUCGGAAAUCUCAAUCCCAGCUGGGAUGAAAAAUUUCACUUCGAGUGCCACAAUUCCACGGACAGGAUAAAAGUAAGAGUCUGGGAUGAAGAUGAUGACAUCAAGUCACGGGUCAAGCAGCAUUUCAAGAAAGAAUCGGAUGAUUUCCUCGGACAAACAAUUAUUGAAGUACGGACAUUGAGUGGGGAGAUGGACGUUUGGUACAAUUUAGAGAAGCGAACUGAUAAAUCUGCUGUUUCUGGUGCCAUUCGAUUGAAAAUCAGCGUCGAAAUUAAAGGCGAAGAAAAAGUAGCUCCCUAUCACGUGCAGUACACAUGUUUGCAUGAGAAUCUGUUCAAUUAUUUGACUGAGAUAAAGUAUAAUGGUGUGGUGAAAAUCCCAGAAUUGAAAGGAGACGAGGCAUGGAAAGUAUACUUUGGAGAUUCCGCUCAAGAAAUCGUGGAUGAAUUUGCAAUUCGCUAUGGAAUUGAAUCAAUUUACCAAGCGAUGACGCAUUUCUCUUGCUUGUCAACCAAAUACAUGUGCCCAGGAGUUCCCGCAGUAAUGAGUACUUUGUUGGCUAAUAUUAAUGCCUACUUUGCUCAUACGACAGCUUCUACAAAUGUAUCAGCCUCGGAUCGAUUUGCUGCGUCAAACUUUGGAAGAGAACGAUUUAUAAAGUUACUCGAUCAAUUACACAACUCGUUGAGGAUCGAUCUUUCUAAAUACAGGGAUAAUUUCCCUGCAAUUAAUCCAGAAAGACUGCAGGACCUGAAGUCAACAGUUGACCUCUUAACCAGCAUUACAUUCUUUCGAAUGAAGGUUCAGGAACUGCAAAGUCCUCCAAGGGCAAGUUCAGUAGUGAAAGACUGUGUAAAAGCCUGCUUGGACUCGACUUACAAGUACAUUUUUGACAACUGCCAUGACCUGUAUAACCAGAUGCUAGAUCAGAGUAAAAAACAGGAGAUUCCUCGGGAAGAGCAAGGGCCAACCAUCAAAAACCUGGACUUCUGGCCUAAGCUCAUUACUCUGAUGGUCUCCUGUGUCGAUGAGGAUAAAACAGCCUAUACACCAGUUCUGAAUCAGUUCCCGCAAGAACUUAAUAUGGGAAAAAUAAGUGCUGAGGUUAUAUGGCAACUGUUUGCCCAGGACAUGAAGUAUGCUCUGGAAGAGCAUGAAAAGCUUAGGCUGUGCAAGAGUACUGAUUAUAUGAAUUUGCACUUCAAAGUAAAAUGGUUUUAUAAUGAGUAUGUACGAGAUCUCCCAGCCAUGAAAGAUGCUGUAGCCGAAUACUCUUUAUGGUUCGAACCCUUUGUGAUUGAUUGGCUGGAUGAAAAUGAAGACGUAUCAAUGGAAUUCCUUCACGGAGCACUUGAGAGAGACAAAAAGGAUGGGUUCCAGCAGACCUCUGAGCAUGCACUGUUCUCCUGUUCUGUGGUCGAUGUCUUCACUCAACUGAAUCAAAGCUUUGAGAUUGUCAAAAAACUGGAGUGUCCUAAUCCUGAGGCACUGGCACAUUUUAUGAGAAGAUUUGCCAAGACAAUAGGCAAAGUUCUUCUCCAAUAUGCUGCUAUUGUAUCGAACGAUUUCAGCUCCUACUGUUCCAAGGAAACAUUGCCUUGUAUCCUGAUAAAUAACAUCCAACAGUUGAGAGUCCAAUUGGAGAAAAUGUUUGAAUCAAUGGGUGGCAAGGAGCUCGAUCCCGAAGCCAGCGGGAACCUCAGAGAACUGCAGAUCAAGCUGAACAAUGUCCUCGAUGAAUUGAGUAGUACUUUUGGCAUGAGCUUCCAGUCUGUCAUUGAAGAGUGCGUGAGGCAGAUGAGUGCCGAGUUGAGUCAAAUGAGAGGCAAUGGGAAUUCUUCGUCUAACCGCAACAGUGCAGCUCUGGAAGCAGAAACUGUCCUGAGGCCUCUGAUGGAUCUCCUGGAUAAAAAUCUUAUGCUGUUUGCUAAAAUCUGUGAGAAGACUGUUCUGAAAAGGGUCCUAAAGGAACUCUGGAAAUUAGUUCUCAACACAAUAGAGAAACUAAUUGUUUUGCCUCCAUUAACAGACCAAAGUGGAGCUCAGAUGAUCUUCAGUGCUGCUAAAGACUUGGGACAGUUAUCAAAGCUAAAGGAUCAUGUGAUUCGAGAAGAAGGGAAAAGUCUCACUCCGCGACAGUGUGCGAUAAUGGAAGUGGUGUUGGCGACAAUAAAGCAAUAUUUCCAUGCUGGAGGAAAUGGCCUGAAGAAGACAUUCUUAGAAAAGAGUCCAGAUUUGCAGUCUUUGAAAUAUGCGCUCAGCCUCUAUACUCAAACCACAGACGCCUUGGUUAAGAAAUUUGUUGGUACCCAGUCUUCACAAGCUCAAUGCACCAAUGGCUCAGUGGGCGAAAUAUCAAUUCACGUUGAUCUUUUCACACAUCCGGGCACUGGAGAACACAAAGUGACUGUUAAAAUUGUCGCAGUGAAUAAGUUGCUCUGGCAAACGACUGCUAUGUUUCGACCAUUUGUAGAGCUGAAUGUAAUCGGGCCAAAUCUUAGCGACAAGAAAAGAAAAUUUGGCACCAAGACUAAAAACAAUGCUUGGUCUCCGAAAUACAAUGAGACAUUUCAUUUCAUCCUGAGUAAUGAGAAUGGCCCUGAAUCCUAUGAGCUUCAUAUCUCUGUGAAGGAUUACUGCUUUGCCAGAGAAGACCGGAUUAUAGGAAUGACAGUCAUCCAAUUAAAGGACAUAGCCGAGAAAGGCAGUUGCGCAUCUUGGUAUCCUCUCAUCAAAAACGUUUACAUGGAUGAAACCGGACUGACAAUUCUUCGAAUACUCUCACAGAGGACCAAUGAUGAAGUGGCCAAAGAAUUUGUACGCCUCAAAUCAGAUACCAGAUCUGCUGAAGAAUCCACGUAAAAACCGAAAGGGAGUGAAAGAUUUUUGCGAGGAAAGUUAACGGAAGUUAUCUUUAGUGCAUGUCUGUUUUAACUGUGUGGGUACAUUCAUCUGAUUGUGUGCAGGUGUGUGCCGAUAAUUAUAAAGUACUUCAGCCCAUAAUUAUGUUGACAGGACGGGGUGUACUGAAAUGCAUUAAUCUUUGGUCUCUCGGAAUCCAAUUGUUCUGAUAAAGUGCCAAAUCAAGAUUGCCCAAGGGAAUUUUUCUUGGUAUUUUGUCUUUUUUUUAAUUUGCUAAGUGAUUAAAUUCCGGUACUAACUUGCUAUUCUGUAGUUUUUACAUGAGUAUAUCUGUUGGUCUUCUGUUUGUGGCAGGCAUUGUCUCUUUACUACUGUGAUGUUCUUGGGCUCUGUCCGUUCAGUGCAUGUUUGUGUACCUCAGCUAAGUUACAUCCUGAUACCCACUGGUGUAUUUUUGCUGUUUUGUUUAUUACAUAUUCCAUUCUUUCUUCAGGCAUAUUAUGCCAUUUCCAUUGAGCGAGCGGUUUACUACAUCCCGAGCACAUUGUUCAGAAUUUCCCUUUAUGACUUUCUAACAAUUACUUCCUUAUCAUUCAGAGUGUGAAAAAGAUUAACGGUACCUUGGUUCAACAUUUUGGACGUAUCACUGUGAACAUGAUGCUCAGCUGACAUUGUUCAAAAUGUUCUCAAAAGAAACAAAAUGGCAUUGUUAAUUUCCAAAUGUUGCCAAAGGGAUCCUCUAUCUACAUCCACACACGACUACUUUUUAUGCCAUAUUAAGAGGCCAUAUGUUUACAGAGCUACAGGCUGGUUUGGUGAUUUGAUUGGAAGAAUAUUACUGUUUCUGAUAAGUAGUGAAGUUGUUACCCUUUUCAACGAUGCACUUGUAAAUGUUGCUUUCUAAAAUUGUAUUAUCGCAGUUCAACCGUAAUCUCAUUGUUACUUUCAAUUUUUUCAACAAUUGGUAAUUAUGCAACAUUAUGUACCGCACUGAUGUUGAAAUUAGUGUCUUGUAAAUAUAUUUAGUGAACAAUUGUACAAUAAAGUAUUGAAAAAAUA